AUGUUAAGCCGCAGCUCCAGAUUCGCAACAAGCUGCACAAGACAGCACCUCUACCGCCAAACCAGAACCCCCCUUCGCAAUGCACGCGCCCGCUACUCCACCUCCACAGAAUCAGGCUCCUCGGGGACCUCCCCCGCCGUAGUGGGCGGAAUCGCCGGUGGCGCCGUCACAUUCCUGGCCGGAUACGUCUGGUACCAAUUCUCCGGGGCGAAGACGAUCGUGCAGACUGCAAACCAAACAGAGGCGUAUUUCAAGGAGGCCAAGAAGAAGGUCGCUGAGAAGACUCCCGAGCCGGAUGAGGCGUUCGGGUGGUUGAGAGAUACGGCUAAGAAUUAUGCGUCGUUUAUCCCCGGUGCGAAGGGGUAUGUUGAUACGGCGUUUGAUGACCUAGAGCGUAUCAGACGGAAUCAGGGGAAGGAGUUUGAUGAGAUUGUUCGUGAUGCGUAUAAUGAUCUCCGAGAGGUGUCGAAGAAGGGGAAGCUUGAUGUGGAUACGGCGGUUAAGGUGAGGGAUGUGUUGCAGAAGCAUUUUAAGCGGUUGUAUGAGCUUGCUGGGGAUUCUGCGGAGGAUAUUCUCGAUAAUCAUCCGGAGUUGAAGGAGAAGCUUGGCGGGAGCUUUGAUCGUUUGAAGGAGAUGGGUAGUGCUUAUGGUCCUCAGGCUCAGGAGGAGGUUGAUAAGACUUGGAAGCAGAUUAAGGAUAUUGUUUCUGCUGGUAUCAGCACUGAUACUGUUGAGAAGAUCCAGAAGGUGGCUAAGGAGAAGGAGGAGAAGCUUCGGAAACUUGGUGAUGAGGCUUGGAAGCGUGGUCUUGACGAGGCCCAGCCUUACCUCGAGAAGAGUCCGAAGAUCAAGGAGUUCAUUGAGAAGAACACUGAUGCCUUGAAGAAGGGGAACUACUCGAAGAUCUGGGAUAUGGUCAAGGAGAGUUCCUCCUCCGGAAACACUGAAGACUUGGAGAAGUACGUCAAGGAUCUCGCCGGGAAGGCCAAGGAGAGCGGAUUUGGCAAUCUGGAUAAACUAUCCAACAUGGUUCCUGGCGGUUCACAAAUUCUUUCCCAAUUGCAGUCUCUCCAGAAUGCAGCGGAGAAGAAGGGCCCGGAGGCUGAGAAGCUUCUCAAGGAGACUAUCAAUGACCUCCAGGGAGUUUUGUCCGAGAAAGUGAAGAAGGCGGAGCAGCUUGCUGAAGAAACAAAGUCUGAGAGCAAGUGA